UUUAACAGCGGCUGUCUAAGUGAGUCAACGUGGAAAUCGUGGAACAGUCAUUCGAUAACAUAUACAGAAAAUAGUAAUUAUACGUCAGUUGGCUGCGGUUGGUCUUACGUGGUGGUACGCAAUGGAUUCCUUGGACAGUAAAUUACUGAAGUUCCACCCUGAUACGGUGAUGACUAUAAAGGAAAUGUAUAAUCUAGACAAGCCAGGGGACAUGGAUAAGGCUAUUGACUCCUUGGAGGCCUGGUUGGCUAAGCAACAGCAUUUGACCAAGAAAGAUUAUUCUCGGGAAUUCUUGGAAAGAUCCAUAAUCUUACUCAAAGGAUCUGUGGAGAGGGCGAAGACACAAAUCGACAAACUAUGUUCCUUAAGAUCGAUAAUGCCACAAUUUUUUGAAAAACACGACGCAAAAAAUGACUUCGAGAUUAUGGAGAAUAACUAGUACGUAUACUACUUAUUUUAAUAAACUUGAAUAACUGGACUAGGCUGGGUUAAGUGGCGUAGUUUUACUGUGUCCUACGAACCGUAAUGAUGUCCUGUGUUCGAAUUCCGAGUCAGGCAAAGUGAUAAGGGUUUUUGUGUUCAGUAUCAGGUGGGGUCUGAUAUUUGCGCUCCAUACAGCGUUGAGUUCGCCU